AUGGACGCAGCAAGAGGUAUAUUUAUUUUAUUAUUAACUAAUUGGUUUGCGAAACCGAUUGGUGGUGUUGCUGUUUUACCUGGGGCUGAGUUUGAACACGACAAUAGAGAUAAAAUGGAUAACAAUGAUGAGGAAAAGGAAAAUCAAAAACGAAGCAAACAAGUAAUUAUUAAUAUUAUUAUUAUUAUUAUUAUUUUGAAAUUGGAUUAUUCCUUUGACUCCAGUACUGAAAAGUUGCCAUCGGAAUUAGACAGGUCAGGCUACAGUAUUGAAAUUCCAUCCGAACGAGUUAAGCCGAAAAAAUCUGUUGAUGUUGAAGGAAAAAGCGGAUAUUUUUGGGGUGAUAAAGUAAAGGGAUUUGUUGAUCGGCUGACUGGCGCUUUUGUCGAAAAAGGAGGAGACAAAGAUUUGUAUGAAGUGGAAGAAAUUAAAUUUGAAGACCUUCCAAUAUUAGAAUUAAAAAAAUUUAAAGUUGUUGAGGUUCAAAUUGACCCUAAAUCUGGAAAACUGUUGGACGGUCAAGUUGAUUUAAAAACUGGUCGUAUUAACGAAAAUAAAAUUGAUUUUGAGUUAGGGAAAUUAAAAGAUCCAGUUGAUAAGGAACAUGGUAAAAAAGUACACGUUAUUGUGGACAGUUUGAAUAAGAAAUUACUACCAGGACAAAUUGAUGAAAAUAAGGGGAAUUUAAUUGGCUAUAUAAAUCCUCGUACGUUCAUUUUGCGAAAGGUUGAAUAUGAUCCUAAAACUGGAAAUUUUUUUGGAGGGAAAACUAUUGGAUUUUUCGAUGAAACAACUGGAAUUUUUACAGAACUCGAUAAUAUAGAAAUGGAAAUAGUUACUUUUGAUGAUUUUCCAAUGUUUGACAGAGAUGAUUUAGGAAUUAUCGAAUUACAAAUUGACUCUUCAACAGGGUUACUUUUGGAUGAUCAGGUGAAUUUAAAAACUGGAAAAGUUAACGAAAACAAAAUUGAUUUAAAUACGGGAAAAUUGAAAUUUCCAAUCGAAGGCGCUAAAACAGUUCAUGCAUUUAUAGACAAAAAUUCAAAACAGUUACUUCCCGAUCAAUUUGAUGAUAAACAUGGCGAAUUGAUUGGCAAGUUGAAUCCCAACACAAUGAAAAUUACACCUGUUAAAUACGAUCCAAAAAAUGAAGUUUUCUUUAAAAGGGAUAAGAAAAUAGAUGAUUCUCGAUCUUUGUUUUUCGGAGGUUCGCUGCGUGGAAAAAGUCCUAAGAUUAAAUUCCCUGUUUCAGAGGAACUUAGCUUUGAUGACUAUUUUAUCAAUACUGAUAAAAUGAAAACAGUCCAAGUUCAAUUUGAUCCCAACACUGGUUACAUAUUAAACGAUCAAAUUGAUUUAAGUACGGGAAAAAUAAUAGAAAAAAAUUAUGACUUAGGUACUGGUAAAUUAAAAAAUCCAGUCGAUAAAAAACACGGAAAAAUAAUUCACGUCGUUAUAAAUCCUUCAGAUUUGACGUUGAAACCAGGUCAAAUUAGUACCGAAGGAAAAAUAAUAGGUAAAAUUGAUCCUCAAUCAUUGAAAUUAAUCGAAAUAGACUACGAUCCUCAAACAGGGAAGAUAUUUGGAAAAAAAAGUCGUGGUUUUUUUGACAAAUUUACCGGGUCUUUGAAAAGUGAUGCGGGUGAUUUAGAAAUACCUGAAGGUGAUAUUUCUUUAUUGGAAUUACCCAAUUUCAAUUCGAACGACAUGAAAGCCAUUGAACUUCAAAUUGAUCCUCAAACCGGAUGUCUUCUAGAUGGACAAGUAGAUUUGAAAACUAAUAAAAUACAAAAAGAAAAAUUUGAUCUUAGUUCUGGAAAAUUAUUAAAUCCCGUCGAUAAAAAAUUUGCCAAAACUGUAUACGCUGUAAUUGAUCCAGACGAUUUUACUCUGAAACCUGGUCAGUUUGAUAAAAAAGAUGGGAAAAUCAUUGGGAGAAUUGAUCCAAAAUCGUUAAAGUUAGUUGACGUCGAUUUUGAUCUUAAAACUGGCAAAAUUUCAGAUAAAAAAAUGAAAAAAUUCUUCGGCAGAUUAACAUCUUUUGGUGAAAAAGAUGUAAUUAUUGAAGGGCCGGAUGUGAGUGAAAUAAAAUUUGGAACUCUUCCGAGAAUAGAAAAUCAAAAUAUGAAAGCCGUGGAACUGCAAAUAGAUCCUAAAUCGGGAAAGUUAUUAGAAGGUUUGGUGGAUCUAAAAACAGGAAUAAUUAACCAAUCGAAAAUCGAUGUUAAAACUGGAAAAUUGAAAAACCCGGUGGAUAAAAAGCAUGGGAAAAUAGUUCAUGCUAUUAUUGAUACCAAAUCGUUUAAAUUGAAAGAGGGACAAUUCGAUACUAAAGACGGAAAACUCAUAGGGAAAAUCGAUCCGAAAACUUUAAAGUUAAUCGAUAUUGAUUACGACCCAAGUACGGGUAAUUUUAUAAGGAAAAAAAUUAAAGGAUUUUUCGAUAAAUUCACUGGAUCUUUCGGAGAUAAAAAUCACGAUAUUGAAUUUUUCGAAGGAGAGCAUUUUGAUGAUUUAUCACCUUACGAUCGGAACGAUAUGAAAGUGAUAGAACUUCAAAUUGAUGCUAAAACUAUGCAUUUAUUGGAUGGACAAAUAGACAAAGAUACUGGGAAAAUAAUUGAAAGUAAUUUCGAUUUAAAAACAGGAAAAUUAAAAAAUCCUCAACACAGUAAAAAUAUAAAAAUAAUUCAAUCAAUUGUUGAUCCAAAAACACUGGAAAUAAAACCCGGUCAACUUGAUGAGUAUCGAAAUAAAGUUAUUGCAAGAUUCAAUCCUAGGACUUCUAAACUUGUCGAAAUUGAUCCUGACAACAGGAGUGGAAAAGUUACUGGAAAAAAGAAGGGAUUAUUCGGUCGAUUGACAUCUUUUGGAGAAAAAGAUUAUUCAUUUAAAAUGCCAGAUAUUGAUAUUUCUUUUGAAGGAGAAAUUCCUCGGCUCAGUGACCCCAACCUGAAAAUGAUUGAAUUACAGAUAGACCCUAAAACGGGUUGCUUGUUAGACAAUCAAAUUGACAGUAACACUGGUAGAAUUAUACCAGAAAACUAUGAUUUAAAUACGGGCAAAUUAAAAAAACCAAUUGGUGAAAAAGAAGUAAAAAAAAUACACGCUCUUAUUGACGUUCACGAUUUAAAAUUAAAACCUGGGCAAUUCGACUUGAAAAGUGGCAAAAUAAAAGGCUACGUCGACCCUAAAACGCUGAAAUUAGUCGAAGUCGAAUACGAUCCGAAGAUUGAAAAGUUUAUAAGUAUAAAUACUAAAGGCAGUUUUAAUUAUCCUGGUUCAUCAAAUGAAAUGUAUCCCGAUUCUAAAAUAUUUGAAAUGGAGUUUGAUGAUCUUCCGAAAAUAGAAUCUAACACUAUGAAACCAGUAGAAAUUCAAAUAGAUUCCAGUAGUGGACAAGUUACGGAUGGUAUUAUAGAUUACGAAACAGGACGAAUCAAUGAGGAUAAAUUUGAUGUUAAAUCGGGAAAACUAAUACGUCCUCUAGAGGGAAAACAAUACAAGACAACUUACGCAAUGGUUGAUCCAAAAACAUUAAAAUUAAUACCAGGUCAAUUGGAUCCCGUGAGCGGAAAAAUUAUUGGAAAAAUUCAUCCUUAUUCAUUAAACUUAAUAAAAAUGACUGAUCCCAAAAGUGAAAGUCUAGUAUCAGAGAAAUUUAAAUCUUUUGUCGGGCGGCUUGGUGAGCCUCUCAAAGAACAAUCAUAUAUAUCUGAUAAAAAGAAAUUUGUAUUCGGAGACCUACCUAAAAUUGAAUCUCAAGACUUUAAACCAUUCGAACUACAAAUAGAUCCAAAAACUGCUAAAGUAUUGGAUAACCAAAUAGAUUACGUUACAGGUAAGAUCUACGAAAAACAAUUUGACUUAUCAACUGGCAAGCUAAAAAAUCCAGUGAAAGAAAAUGAAGGCAAAAUGAUUCACGCAUUAGUGAAUUUAAAAAACAAUUGCCUAGUUCCAGGGCAAAUUGAUAGUAAAAGUGGAAAACUAAAUGCUAUCGUAGAUCACAAUAAUUUUAAAUUGAUGAAAAUAAAUUAUGAUCCAAAAACGGGAUUAUUUUUUGAAGGAGAUAUAUUAGGAAAAAUGGACACAUCAAGUGGAGAAAUAAUUAGUGCACCAGAUAUACAUAUGCCAAAACUGAAAAACAUAAAAAAUGACAUUAUCGAAAUGCCGAUUCAAAAUCUUAGCUUCAAAGAUCUACCCACAUUCGAUAGUCCGGAUCUUAAAGCCGUUGAAUUACAAAUCGACCCGAAGACAGGACGCUUAUUGGACGGUCAAGUCGAUCUUCACACCGGUAAAAUCAACGUUCCCAAAUUCGACAUCAAAACCGGUAAAUUAAUCAAUCCUGUUGAUAAAAAAUUAGGAAAAACAGUACACGCGGCCAUUGACCCGGGUACCAUGACACUACAUCCGGGACAAUUCGACGUCGACACCGGUAAAAUAGUCGGUAAAAUAGAUCCCAAAUCAUUAGACCUCAUUGAAAUCGAUUACGAUCCUAAAACCGGAAACUUCAUCGGAAAGAAAGUUCGGGGAUUCUUCGGUAAAUUAGGAAAGGGAUUCGACGUUGAAAUGCCCAAAUUCGACAUUACGUUACCGGAUAUCAGUUUCGGUGAUCUACCAAAAUUCGACAGACCAGAUAUGAAAGCAAUAGAAUUACAAAUCGAUCCUAAGAGCGCGUGCUUACUGGAGGGUCAAGUUGAUUUACCCACUGGUAAAAUCAACGCUCCCAAAUUCGACUUGAAAUCCGGUAAACUAUUACAUCCGGUUGACAAGAAGUUAGGUAAAAGCAUUGAUGCCGUUAUCGAUCCAGGUACUUUAACACUACAUCCAGGACAGUUCGACGUGAAAACCGGAAAACUCGUCGGUAAAAUCGAUCCCAAAACGUUGGAAUUGAUUGACGUUGAUUUCGAUCCGAAAUCCGGAAAACUCUCGGGCAAGAAAGGAAAAGGUUUCUUCGGAAAAUGGGGCAAGAGUUUAGAAUUCGAAAUGCCGAAAUUCGACGUUCAUUUACCGGAAAUAUCGUGGGGUGAACUACCGAAAUUCGACAGACCGGAUCUUAAAGCCGUUGAAUUACAAAUCGAUCCGAAGACAGGACGACUAUUGGACGGUCAGGUGGAUCUUCACACCGGUAAAAUCAACGUUCCCAAAUUUGACUUGAAAACCGGAAAACUUCUUAAUCCCGUUGAUAAGAAAUUAGGAAAAACAAUACACGCGGCCAUUGACCCGGGUACCAUGACCCUACAUCCGGGACAAAUUGAUCUAAAAUCGGGUGAAGUUAUUGGUAAAUUUAAUCCUAUGAAUUUUAAACUAGAGGAAAUUCAAUUUUCGCCAGAGAAAAAUAGUUUUGUUCUUAAAAAAAUUAAUGUAAUACCACUGAAUACAAUUGAAACAUCCUUAGAUCAGACAGCGAAAGAAAAAUUACCGGAUGUAGAUGUUGACUUACCAGAAAAAAAAUCAUUUGUAUUUCCACAAAAUACAAUAUCAUUAAAAGUUGAUAAUAAAUCCCACCGAUUAUUAUCGGGACAAGUAGACUUAAAGCACGGACGAAUAAUAACUGAAAACUAUGACUUAAACAGCAGAACAUUAUUGUCUCCAAUUGAUAAGGGCUUCGACGUUAAUGCAGUAAUUGACCCAAAAACUUUUAAACUAAUACCAGGACAGUUUGAUUUAAGAAAUGGAAAAUAUAUCGGACAUAUGGAUCCAAAAACUCUUCGUUUAGGCGCACCAAAAAUUCCCGAUUUAAAACCAAGUCACAGUUUCAAAAAGAAAGGAAUACUAGAUAAACUUGGCAAUGUGUUUCAUGUUAGAGAUACUGAAGCGGACGUAAUAGUAACUGACACAACUGAGUUUUUCCCAAUACAACUUCCAACAUUUGAAAGACCGGAUCUUAAAGCCGUUGAAUUACAAAUCGACCCGAAGACAGGACGACUAUUGGACGGUCAAGUAGAUCUUCACACCGGAAAAAUCAACGUUCCCAAAUUUGACUUGAAAACCGGAAAACUUAUUAAUCCAGUCGAAAAGAAAUUAGGAAAAACAAUACACGCGGCCAUUGACCCGGGUACCAUGACUUUACAUCCGGGACAAUUCGACGUCGACACCGGUAAAAUAGUCGGUAAAAUUGAUCCCAAAUCUCUCGAUUUGAUUGAAAUCGACUACGACCCGAAAACCGGAAACUUCAUCGGAAAGAAAGUUCGGGGAUUCUUCGGUAAAUUAGGAAAGGGAUUCGACGUUGAAAUGCCCAAAUUCGACAUUACGUUACCGGAUAUCAGUUUCGGUGAUCUACCUAAAUUCGACAGACCAGAUAUGAAAGCAAUAGAAUUACAAAUCGAUCCUAAGAGCGCAUGCUUACUGGAGGGUCAAGUUGAUUUACCGACUGGUAAAAUCAACGCUCCCAAAUUCGACUUGAAAUCCGGUAAACUAUUACAUCCGGUUGACAAGAAGUUAGGAAAGAGCAUAGAUGCCGUUAUCGAUCCAGGUACACUUACGUUACAUCCAGGACAGUUCGACGUGAAAACCGGAAAACUCGUCGAAGUUAGGAAAGAGCAUAGAUGCCGUUAUCGAUCCAGUACACUUACGUUACAUCCAGGACAGUUCGACGUGAAAACCGGAAAACUCGUCGGUAAAAUCGAUCCUAAGACACUUGAGUUGAUUGACGUUGAUUUCGAUCCUAAAUCCGGAAAACUCUCGGGAAAGAAAGGAAAAGGUUUCUUCGGAAAAUGGGGCAAGAGUUUAGAAUUCGAAAUGCCGAAAUUCGACGUUCAUUUACCGGAAAUAUCGUGGGGCGAACUACCGAAAUUCGACAGACCGGAUCUUCAAGCCGUUGAAUUACAAAUCGACCCGAAGACCGGACGACUAUUGGACGGUCAAGUGGAUCUUCACACCGGUAAAAUCAACGUUCCCAAAUUUGACUUGAAAACCGGUAAGCUUUUGAAAUAUGAUGAUGAAUUUAGAAAAAAUUUGGUUUACGGUGUAGUAGAUGUAGAUACAUAUUCUUUGUUACCUGGACAAUUCGAUAAGGAUGGUAAAUUAAUUGGUAAAAUAGAUCCUAAUGAUAUGAAACUUAUUGACUUGUCUGUGUUAGAUGGGAAAAUUUGUCGUAAAAACGUAGGUUUCCGUAGUUUAGACGAUACGUCCUUUUUAGGUAUUGAAAAGGGUAAUAGAGAUUUAUUUAAAUUUUCUUUGGACAAACGUUAUUUGACAAAUCCUAGCGACAUUAAAUUUGUAACAUUACAAAUUGAUAGAAAAAGUGGAGUUCUUCAUCCCAAUCAAAUUGAUUUGAAUACCAAUGUUCUCAUUGACAGUAAUGUUGAUUUAGUAACCGGAAAACUACUUCAUCCAUUAGACAAAAAAAUAUCUAAAAAUGUUUCUGUUGCUUAUGACAGAAUUUCUAAAAGAAUCAUACCGGGACAAUUUAAUGACGACGGAAAAUUAAUUGGAAAAAUAAAUUCAAAAACAUUUGAGUAUACAACAAUUGACUUUGAUGCAAAAGUAGAAAAGUUUUGGCCAGACAAAGUAAAAGGUUUCUUUGGUAAAUUCCGACCUACACAUUCAGAAAUUGAUGUCAUUGAAAUACCUGAGAAAGACAACAAAAUAAAUAUUUCGAAAACAGAUAUACUAUUACCGGAUAUCAGUUUCGGUGAUCUACCAAAAUUCGACAGACCAGAUAUGAAAGCAAUAGAAUUACAAAUCGAUCCUAAAAGCGCAUGCUUACUGGAGGGUCAAGUUGAUUUACCAACUGGUAAAAUCAACGCUCCCAAAUUCGACUUGAAAUCCGGUAAACUAUUACAUCCGGUUGACAAGAAGUUAGGUAAAAGCAUUGAUGCCGUUAUCGAUCCAGGUACUUUAACACUACAUCCAGGACAGUUCGACGUGAAAACCGGAAAACUCGUCGGUAAAAUCGAUCCUAAGACACUUGAGUUGAUUGACGUUGAUUUCGAUCCGAAAUCCGGAAAACUCUCGGGCAAGAAAGGAAAAGGUUUCUUCGGAAAAUGGGGCAAGAGUUUAGAAUUCGAAAUGCCGAAAUUCGACGUUCAUUUACCGGAAAUAUCGUGGGGUGAACUACCGAAAUUCGACAGACCGGAUCUUAAAGCAGUUGAACUACAAAUCGAUCCGAAGACAGGACGUUUGCUAGACGGUCAGGUGGAUCUUCACACCGGAAAAAUCAACGUUCCCAAAUUCGAUAUCAAGACCGGAAAACUUCUUAAUCCCGUAGAUAAGAAAUUAGGAAAAACAAUACACGCGGCCAUUGACCCGGGUACCAUGACUUUACAUCCGGGACAAUUCGACGUCGAGACCGGUAAAAUAGUCGGUAAAAUAGAUCCCAAAUCAUUAGACCUCAUUGAAAUCGACUACGAUCCUAAAACCGGAAACUUCAUCGGAAAGAAAGUUCGGGGAUUCUUCGGUAAAUUAGGAAAGGGAUUCGACGUUGAAAUGCCUAAAUUCGACAUUACGUUACCGGAUAUCAGUUUCGGUGAUCUACCAAAAUUCGACAGACCAGAUAUGAAAGCAAUAGAAUUACAAAUCGAUCCUAAGAGCGCGUGCUUACUGGAGGGUCAAGUUGAUUUACCAACUGGUAAAAUCAACGCUCCCAAAUUCGACUUGAAAUCCGGUAAACUAUUACAUCCGGUUGACAAGAAGUUAGGUAAAAGCAUUGAUGCCGUUAUCGAUCCAGGUACUUUAACACUACAUCCAGGACAGUUCGACGUGAAAACCGGAAAACUCGUCGGUAAAAUCGAUCCUAAGACACUUGAGUUGAUUGACGUUGAUUUCGAUCCGAAAUCCGGAAAACUCUCGGGCAAGAAAGGAAAAGGUUUCUUCGGAAAAUGGGGCAAGAGUUUAGAAUUCGAAAUGCCGAAAUUCGACGUUCAUUUACCGGAAAUAUCGUGGGGUGAACUACCGAAAUUCGACAGACCGGAUCUUAAAGCAGUUGAACUACAAAUCGAUCCGAAGACAGGACGUUUGCUAGACGGUCAGGUGGAUCUUCACACCGGAAAAAUCAACGUUCCCAAAUUCGAUAUCAAGACCGGAAAACUUCUUAAUCCCGUAGAUAAGAAAUUAGGAAAAACAAUACACGCGGCCAUUGACCCGGGUACCAUGACUUUACAUCCGGGACAAUUCGACGUCGAGACCGGUAAAAUAGUCGGUAAAAUAGAUCCCAAAUCAUUAGACCUCAUUGAAAUCGACUACGAUCCUAAAACCGGAAACUUCAUCGGAAAGAAAGUUCGGGGAUUCUUCGGUAAAUUAGGAAAGGGAUUCGACGUUGAAAUGCCCAAAUUCGACAUUACGUUACCGGAUAUCAGUUUCGGUGAUCUACCAAAAUUCGACAGACCAGAUAUGAAAGCAAUAGAAUUACAAAUCGAUCCUAAGAGCGCAUGCUUACUAGAUGGUCAAGUUGAUUUACCAACUGGUAAAAUCAACGCUCCCAAAUUCGACUUGAAAUCCGGUAAACUAUUACAUCCGGUUGACAAGAAGUUAGGUAAAAGCAUUGAUGCCGUUAUCGAUCCAGGUACAUUAACACUACAUCCAGGACAGUUCGACGUGAAAACCGGAAAACUCGUCGGUAAAAUCGAUCCUGAUACUUGUGUCUUGCAUCCGAUUAAGGAUUUGGAUUUAUUGUUGGGUUCUAGUGGAAAGGGUGGUAACUUUUUUGGUAAGUUAAGUUCUCAAUUUGGUGUAAAGGAGCAUGGUAUAUGGGUUCCGGACGUUAACGUUAAAAAGGGUGCUACUUUACCCGGCAAAUUCAGAAGUUUAGGUGGGUUAUUUUCGGAUUCAUUUAAAGGUGAUACUGAAGAUUUAUCGGUUGGUUCUUCUUUGGAUGAUUCUUUGAUUACUCCUGAUGGAUGCAUUAAUUUAAAUAGAGAUGAUAUAAAAAUAAUUGAAGUUCAAAUCGAUCCUAGAUCUGGUCGUUUGUUAGAGGGAUUAGUUGAUUUUGAAUCUGGAAAAAUUUGCGAACCGAAAUUUGAUUUUGAUACUGGUAGAUUGAAGCAUCCGUUAGAUAAGAAACUUGGUAAGACGAUUCAAGUUUACAUUAAUGGAAAUACUAGAAAAUUACUUCCUGGUCAAUUUGAUUUGAAAAGCGGUAAAUUAGUUGGAGAAAUUAACCCAAGAACACUUAAAAUUAAACCUGUAGAAUUCGAUCCAAAAACUGGAAGAUUUUUUACUGGAAAAUUCAGAGGCUUAAAAGGUCGUUUAAGUGGUUCCUUAAAAAGACCGGAUGUUAAAGAAAUUUGGCCAGAUUUGACCGAUAUUAAUUUUGACAUCUUUCCUAAAAUUGAUUCUCCUGAUUAUAGGGCAGUCGAGCUGAGGAUAGACCCGAAUACUGGUAAUUUAGUCGAUGGUUUUGUAGAUUUACAUACUGGUAAAAUCAAUGAAAAUAAGAUAGAUAUAUCAUCGGGUAAAAUAAUAUCUUCUUUCGAUAGAGAAAAUGGUAAACCAGUUUAUGCAAUAAUUGAUAUUAAUAAAAAAACAAUAUUGCCUGGACAAUUUGAUUCUUCAAACGGAAAGCUUAUAGGAAAAUUGGAUCCGAAAUCAUUUAAAUUAUUAGAAGUGGAAUAUGAUCCACGAAACAAAAAAUUCAAUGGUAAAAAAGUAAAGGGAUUUUUCGAUCGAUUUACAAAUUCAUUAAAAUUUAAAGAUUUUGAAGUUGAUCUUCCAGAAAUCGUAUAUGAUAAACUUCCAACUGUAGAUUCAAAUGAUGUUAAAGCUAUUGAAGUUGAAAUUGAUCCAUCAACUGGUUGCCUUUUGAAAGGUCAAAUUGAUAUUUCGAAUGGAAAAGUAAAUGAAGAAAUUAUUGAUUUGGACUCUGGCAGGUUGAAAAAGCCUCUUGGCGGAAAGGUUAUUUACGCUUUAAUGGAUAUUCAAAAAAAAGAAAUAAUUCCCGGACAGUUUGAUGACAUAGACGGUAGAAUAAUCGGAAAAUUAGAUCCCGAUACUUUUGAACUCAUUGAAAUUAAUUAUGAUCCAGUUACUAAAACUUUUCUUACCGGUAGACUUAAAGGAAUAUUUGAUAAAAUUAGCGGAUCUUUCAGCCCUAAAAAUUAUGAUCCGGAAAUACCUGAAGUUUCUUCUUUAUCAUUUAAAAUUCCCCCUAAUAUUGACAAACGAGAUUUGAAAAUAUUUGAACUUCAAGUGGAUCCGUUAUCAGGAAGAUUAUUAGAUGGUCAAGCUAAUUUGAAGACGGGUAAAAUUGCGGAAUCACAAUUUGAUUUACCCACUGGUAAAUUGAAAACUCCUAGAGAAAAGAAAUAUGGAACCAACGUGGAGGUAUUGGUGAACCAAAAAAAUUAUUCUUUAUUACCUGGACAAUUUGAUAUUAAUACAGGAAAACUUAUUGGUCAAAUUAAUCCAAAAACGUUUAAAUUCUCUCCGAUAGAAUUUGAACCAAAAACAAGCCGAGAAUGGACUACUAAAAUGAAGGAUUUUGCCGAACGAUUGACGGGUUCAUCAAAAGAAAAAAUAAGUACAAAGCCUUUGGGUCGAUCCGAUGAUAUUUCGCUUAAUUACGAAAAAUUCAAGUUUGUCGAUAUACAAAUAGAUCCUAAAUCCGGUGUUAUAUUAAGUGAUCAAUAUGAUUUAAAUACUGGAAAAAUAAAUCCUUCAAAAUACAAUUUAAAAACUGGAAAAUUACUUAAUCCACAUGAUAAAAAAUUUGGAAAAACAAUUUCUGUAGUCAUUGAUCCGGACUCAUUAAAACUAUUACCGGGUCAGGUUUGUGAAAAAGAAGGAAAAAUUAUUGGAAAAGUUGACAAUAAAACAUUAAAAUUAACUAAAGUUAAUUUUGAUAUUGAUACUGGUAAAUUUGUACCAGACGUUGAUACAGAUUUUUCGAUAUCUUCUAAAAUUGCUCUCGAUGAUCCAUCACAUUCUACUGUAAUUUCGGAAAAAAUGCAUGAAGGUAUGCCAAAAUUUAAGGCAAACGAUAUACAAUUUUUUGAAAUUGAAAUCGACCCUAAAACAUCAAGAAUAAAAAGCGAUCAAGUCGAUUUGGAAACGCAUAAAAUUAAUCCCGAAAAAUUCGAUUUAGAAAAUUGUAAACUGAAAAAUCCUUCUGAUAAGGAACAUGGAAUGAUUGUUAAUGUUGCAGUAGAUCCAGUUACGUUAAAACUACUUCCCGGACAGUUUAAUAACAAAACAGGAACACUAAUUGGGAAAAUUGAUCCCAAAACGUUCAAAAUUACCGAAAUGAAAUACGAUCCUAAAACAAAAUCAUUUACUAUUGGAAAACCAAAAGGUUUUAUAGCAAAACUAGGAGAUGUCUUCUCUGUUAAAGAGCAUAAAAUUGAAGUGCCAGAAAAAAAUAAAAUUGAAUUUAUUGAUAUACCUGAUUACAGUGAUGAUAACAUGAAACCUAUUCAACUUCAAAUUGAUAAAAUAACUGGUCAAGUGUUCGAUGAAUUAAUUGAUGAUGACAAUAAAAUAAAAACAAAUCAUUUUAACCUAACAACAGGAAAACUAACCACGCCAAAACCUGAAACGCAAGCUAAAAAUGUCUACGUAUUCAUUGAUCCAAAAACGUAUAAAAUACUACCCGGACAAUAUGAUGCAGAAACUAAAAAAAUAGUCGGCAUCAUUGAUUACAAAAACGAUAAAAUAAAACCAAUAGAAUACAAUAUUAAAACUGGAGAAUAUCUAAUAAAGAAGCCAAAAGGAUUCCUUGAAAAAAUCAGUGGCGCCAUAUCAAAAGAUCAUGAAAUAGAAACCGACACAAAAAUCGACAUUACGUUACCGGAUAUCAGUUUCGGUGAUCUACCAAAAUUCGACAGACCAGACAUGAAGGCCAUUGAGUUACAAAUCGAUCCUAAGAGCGCAUGCUUACUAGAUGGUCAAGUUGAUUUACCCACUGGUAAAAUCAACGCUCCCAAAUUCGACUUGAAAUCCGGUAAACUAUUACAUCCGGUUGACAAGAAGUUAGGAAAGAGCAUAGAUGCCGUUAUCGAUCCAGGUACACUUACGUUACAUCCAGGACAGUUCGACGUGAAAACCGGAAAACUCGUCGGUAAAAUCGAUCCUAAGACACUUGAGUUGAUUGACGUUGAUUUCGAUCCGAAAUCCGGAAAACUCUCGGGAAAGAAAGGAAAAGGUUUCUUCGGAAAAUGGGGCAAGAGUUUAGAGUUCGAAAUGCCGAAAUUCGACGUUCAUUUACCGGAAAUAUCGUGGGGCGAACUACCGAAAUUCGACAGACCGGAUCUUAAAGCAGUUGAAUUACAAAUCGAUCCGAAGACAGGACGUUUGCUAGACGGUCAGGUGGAUCUUCACACCGGAAAAAUCAACGUUCCCAAAUUUGACUUGAAAACCGGAAAACUUCUUAAUCCCGUAGAUAAGAAAUUAGGAAAAACAAUACACGCGGCCAUUGACCCGGGUACCAUGACUUUACAUCCGGGACAAUUCGACGUCGACACCGGUAAAAUAGUCGGUAAAAUAGAUCCCAAAUCAUUAGACCUCAUUGAAAUCGACUACGAUCCUAAAACCGGAAACUUCAUCGGAAAGAAAGUUCGGGGAUUCUUCGGUAAAUUAGGAAAGGGAUUCGACGUUGAAAUGCCCAAAUUCGACAUUACGUUACCGGAUAUCAGUUUCGGUGAUCUACCAAAAUUCGACAGACCAGAUAUGAAAGCAAUAGAAUUACAAAUCGAUCCUAAGAGCGCGUGCUUACUGGAGGGUCAAGUUGAUUUACCGACUGGUAAAAUCAACGCUCCCAAAUUCGACUUGAAAUCCGGUAAACUAUUACAUCCGGUUGACAAGAAGUUAGGUAAAAGCAUUGAUGCCGUUAUCGAUCCAGGUACUUUAACACUACAUCCAGGACAGUUCGACGUGAAAACCGGAAAACUCGUCGGUAAAAUCGAUCCUAAGACACUUGAGUUGAUUGACGUUGAUUUCGAUCCGAAAUCCGGAAAACUCUCGGGAAAGAAAGGAAAAGGUUUCUUCGGAAAAUGGGGCAAGAGUUUAGAGUUCGAAAUGCCGAAAUUCGACGUUCAUUUACCGGAAAUAUCGUGGGGCGAACUACCGAAAUUCGACAGACCGGAUCUUAAAGCAGUUGAAUUACAAAUCGAUCCGAAGACAGGACGUUUGCUAGACGGUCAGUGGAUCUUCACACCGGAAAAUCAACGUUCCCAAAUUUGA